GGUAAAUCCUCAAAUAAUGGUUCAAGUUCAACACUACGGAAUUGAAAUCUAUUGAGGAAGAAUUUGGAACUUUGGAUUGCAGCACCCUAAGAUCUAAACGCACAAUGGCCUCAAGCUCAAAACAAUAUCAAGAGCCACGCCUUUAACUGAGAAUGUUGCCUUCCAGCCAAUAACAUAAAAACCGUGUUUCAGUAUACAGGGUUACAAUCCACGCCUUCAAAAGUCCGGGCGGGUGUGAGAAGCAAAACCGUUUAAAAAAACGGCCCAAUUCCAACUAACCAACCCAGCCGUACGGCGGAAAAGAGAGUUGUUGUACAUUCAUGGAUCUCCUCCGUUACUCCGCCGCUGGCUUCCGUCCAGCUAAACCUCACCCUUCCUCCCGUACACCUCCACCACAUCGAGGCUUCAUCGCCGUAAGGUCGAGUUUGAGUCUGCCUUUUACUGAGCAGAAAGCGGCUUACUUUAAAGAGCUGGAAGCCGCCGUCGGUGUCGUGGAGAGAGCUUGCCGUCUUUGCGUCAAUGUGCAAAAAACUUUGCUCUCUAGUGAUGGGAGGAUUCUUGAGAAAACCGACGAUACUCCAGUCACCAUUGCUGAUUUUGGAGUCCAGGCCCUGGUUAGCUUAGAAAUGAGCAAAUUAUUUCCAUCAAUUCCGUUGGUGGCUGAAGAGGACUCCAUGUUUUUGCGCUCAAAUAAUCUGGUUGAUGCUGUUGUUAAUGUGGUAAAUGAUAAUUCCGGAGAUAGUCUUACACAAGAUGAGGUUCUAGAGGCAAUUGACCGAGGGGGAAAAGAUGCCUACUCUUUUGGACCUGAGCCAGCCACUUACUGGAUAUUGGAUCCCAUUGAUGGUACUAGAGGGUUUGUAAAAGGUAGUGACGCACUUUACGUGGUAGGCUUGGCUCUUGUGGUUAAUGGGCAGAUUGUGUUGGGAGUUAUGGGCUGCCCUAACUGGAGGGAUAGUCUUCUUUCGAGGUCUAGUAAUGACCCCAUGCCUGGAGUUUUGAUGAUCUCUCAUAUAGGAUGUGGAACAUGGAGGAAGACACUUUGGCUCAAUGAUGCUGGUUUUUUAUCUGAUUAUUGGAACAGAUGCUUUGUUGAUGAUUGUGAUCUAGUGCAGAGAGCACGCUUUUGCAUUCCGGAGAGUCAGACAUGGAAAUCAUUGCCACUAUCAGCUUUAUACAAUGCCACAUCUCAAGCUGAAAAUAUUGGGAAUAAAGAAAUUCUUCUUCUGCGUGCUUGCUGUGGAAGUUUGUGCAAAUAUUUACUGGUGGCUUCAGGUGGGGCAUCUGUUUUUUAUCUCCACGUUAAGGCUGGAAAACUUAUCAAGGUAUUUCUACUAUGUCCAUCCAUUACCAAGUGAUUUGUAGCACUAUUGAUGUCAUCUUAUCCAAAAAUGCAGGCAUGGGAUCAUGCGGUAGGAAUCAUUUGUGUCAAUGAGGCAGGGGGAAAGGUGAGUGACUGGAGAGGGAAUCCACUUGAUUUCUCGGAGGAUAAAGUUGAAAGGAGACUCAUAUACCCCUCGGGCGGUGUGCUUGUGACAAACGACAGUUUACACGAGCCGAUUUUAGGUAUAAUUUCGACAGAUUCAUUGCUCAACAUAUAGUAUUGCCUUUACCACACCUUUUUCCCUUCUCCCCCCCUAAGCUCAUGUCGGUAGGGUGCCCUUGUGUAUAAUUCUUCUGCGAUUUGGCACUUAUUUGUCACCGAGGCUUUGGUUGCCUCAAUUUUUUAUUUUUAUUUUUUCAAAUUCACCCUGAUGUAAGAACAAAUUAUUAAUAUAUAAUGCAUCAUUGGCAAACACAAUGUAGAUAUAUGUAUAGAAAAUUUGACUUUGUAUAAAAAUCACAAAGAAUUGAAUCUUGUGUUCAAACAAAGAGAAAACUAGGUGAUUUACUAGCAAAUUGCAAUAAAUCUUUCUCGCAGCUCAGGCCCUUUGAAGAUACAGAUUAGGAAUCAUCGGCUUCACCUAAAUAAAUGUCUAGUUGUGUUCUGCGUUUUAUGUUUUAAAAUGUGUUUUGUUAUUAUUAUUUUAAAAUGUAUGAAUAAUUAAUUCGAUCCUUUCUAGCUAGCCAUC